AUGGCUGUACAUCCUCCCGCCGUGGCAGACGAGACCUCCCCACUACUGCCAUCGCAAGAUGGGCCUGGACAUAAUGGCGUCGUACCUGCAGCAACCAAGCCCAAAGAACUUCAAUCGUCAAUGGGUCAGGUCGCGUUACUUUGUUGUGCUCGAGCAAUUGACCCGCUGGCCUUCUUCACUAUUUUCCCGUUCGUCAACCAGAUGAUUGCCGACACGGCAGGCAUCGACGAAGCCGACGUCGGCUUCUACAGCGGCAUCAUUGAAUCGUUGUUUUCGGUGACUCAGAUGAUGUUAAUGAUCCCCUGGGCACGAGCAGCAGAUCGGAUGGGACGCAAGCCGGUCCUGAUCCUCUCCCUGGCCGGUUUAUCCAUCUCAUCUGCGCUGUUCGGAUUCAGUCGGACUUUAGGCCAAAUGGUUUUCUUCAGAUGCUUGGCGGGGACGUUCGGUGGGACCGUUGUUACUGUCCGAGUGAUGAUUUCCGAGAAUAGCACUCCAGACACCCAGGCCCGGGCAUUCAGCUACUUCUCCUUGGCGAACACCAUUGGAACGGUGAUUGGCCCUCUGCUUGGCGGAGCACUUUGUCGUCCUGGUGGUGUGUUCCGUCACUAUCCGUAUGCGUUACCCACUGUCGCAGCCGGAGCUUUUGGAGUAACUGUCACGGUUGCCUGUCUGAUGUUCGUCAACGAGACGCGGAAACCCGCAGAUCAUACACCUCAUGAAACAGCCUCACCAACAUGGACUAGUGCCAAGAUCCUCCGAUCCCAAGGCGUGCUACCAGUUCUCUAUAUUCACGGCCUUUCGAUGAUGUUGGCAUUCGCGUACACUGCGGUUUCCCCGGUAUUCUACUUCACAUCGCCACGUCUAGGCGGCUACGGUUUCUCUCCAUUCUAUAUAUCUCUCUUCCUUGGCGGAUCGGGGAUCGCUCAAACCAUCUGGCUAGUGCUAGUAUACCCGCCACUACACAAACGUCUCGGCACAGGUAACAUCUUACGAGGCUUAUGUUUCGUUUGGAUUAUUUUCUUGGCUGCUACUGUAGGCGCCAGUGUUCUCCACCGUCAUGGUGAGAUGGUAGCGUUCUGGAUUUUGGCGCCGCUAGCUUUGAUACUAGGCAGCAGUGUUGCAAUGCAGCUGACGGCUAUGCAACUCGCGCUCGACUCCGUCUCACCGUCACCCGCCGCCUUAGGCACGCUCAAUGCCAUGUCCUUGGCCAUCAUCAGCUUUCUUCGCGCUGUCGCCCCAGCAAUGUUCACUUCCAUGUACGCGAGUACCCUUAAGCUUAGUAGUCCUGGAUUUUACACAUUUUGGCUCGUGCUGGGUGGGCUAGUGCUUGUCCUGGCAUUUACACUGCGCUGGCUGCCUGAGCAGGUGGAGAAGGCUCCUCGCAAGCUGGGUCGGUCGAGCGCCUGA